AUGCUCUCUCAGGCUCUUGGCGUUACAGAAGCUCCAGAAGGUCUGCCUGAAAGCACCAGCGAGCCGUCAGACGACGCCCACGACGAGGCUUGCACGGGGGCCAAUCGGCUAACAGACUCGCGUGGAUUCGUAUACAGUCCCGGGUAUCCUAAACGCUACUCCAAAACGCCAUGCUGGUGGAAGCUGUUUCUGGACAGGGGUCAAGAUGUGCAGUUCACUAUCUUUGAGAUGCAAUCUUUCUUCACGGGGUCUCCCCGAGACACCCCGGAUUUCUUGCGCGUGAGCCCCAGCGUUCCGGCGCCAUCUUGUCCGUUCAAGCAGAGAGACGUCGUGUCGUUUCAAGUUUUCCGGGGUGACCUGCUCACUGUGAAACAGUUCCGGGUCAGAUGCCAUAUGGAAGCGGAGAUAACUCUACGUCAGCUUAGCGGAGCGGGGAAGGGAGUAAGACUUCUACUGUUUUAUCAAGUAAUACCUUCUGAAAAAGAAGUCUCUGAUAUUCUCCCGGGAUUCCUCACGAGGCCGUGCACUGUCCCGAAAUCACACGAGAAACUGCCUGGGUACUUCGUACCUCAGAAGAAUCCGCUGCGUACUCAACUGGCUCCCUUUACAACAACAACAGUCACGGUUACCAUGCCGACAGGUAUGUCAUCACCAGAGCCCAGCGCGGGGGUGGAUGUUGUGGAGCACUACGACAAUUACAUAGGCUUGCUCAUCGGAUUAGUCGUUGGCGGUCUUCUCAGUGUCUGUCUGGUCAUUGGGGUGGCCGUUCUCUGUUUGAGGAGGAGGCGGUCAAAGGCUGGAGCUGACUACAAUUCUUUUAGUGAGGGCAAAACCGGAAGCACCACUGCGUGUUCGGUGGAUUCUGGGACAACCCAAACCUUGUUGGCCCUGGACAAAGAUGUAGCUAAGGGUACAUGCAACAACAGCGGGCCUUACGCAGUGUCUGGAUACUUGUGUGGCGGACAGGAAAAGGCGCCCAGCCCGCCGCCGAAAGUGCCACCGAAAAAUCCAGCAGGCGUUGUCAGAAAAGAAAGAGACAGUGUAAGUCCUGCACGAGACAGCAAUAACUCGAGGGUGGACAAAGCACGUGGAGAACCAGUCUAUGCCUCUCCCACCCAGAGGGAGGAGAGGAAAGACAGUGAUGUGAUAUUCGUGGAAAAUGACCUUUAUCAGCCGUUCGAGGCCACGUGA